AUGGGUCCGGACAACAUACGCCGCGACUGCGAUGGAGACAGUGUUCAAAUGGGCUUGUUGACGUUGUAUGCGAUUGCGGGGUGGGGUGCGGCGGGGGUCGCGGCGCCGCUGCUUCUUUCGGUGGGCGCUGCCGCUGCGGUGCCGUGGGCCAUGUCGACAUUUGGCACGGUUGUCUCGGGUGUUGGCACGCUUCAUGCUGCGGGCGGUGUCGCCGCCACGCUCCAAGCCGGCAGCGCUGCCUUGUGGUCGGCCAGCGCCGCCGCCGUCGGUGGCUCGGUGGGCGGGGCAUUGGGCGGUGCGCUCGGUGUUGCGGCGCCGCUCUUUGCGUCCAUGGGCGCUGCGGCCGCAGUCCCCGCCGCCAUGUCGUACUUUGGCACGGUUGUCUCGGGCGUCGGCACGCUUCAUGCUGCGGGUGGUAUCGCAGCCACGCUGCAAGCCACCAGUGUCGCUUUGGGCUCGAGCAGCGCGCUGCUCUACGGUGGGGCGGUAGGCGCCGUGUCUGGUGUCUUUGCGGGUGCCUGGACGCCCGUGGAGUCGUAG